CCAUCGCGAAUGCCAGCGCGUCGAGCUCAGUAACAGCGUGGCAUUCACGACGUGCGCUUCGCUGAUCGCCGAUCACGCGAUCGUCGUCCUCGCCAUUCCGGAUAAAGUUCCCGGUGAACCAAAAGCGAUCGCCUGGUCCGCACCGUUCUAGUCUAAUCUUAGAGCAAAAAAGAUCGAAAGGAUACACGCACGCGAAGGACGAGGCUCCUGUGACGAGUGGAUCGAAUCGGGAUAUCGCAUGUGACCGGAUUGGAAGGAAUGAGUCCAAAUAAUUCGACGGAUCCACGACGGAAAAGCUCGAUGUUUAAAAAGAGCCUGCGCAGCCGGUGAACCCUAACCGAGACCACGAGCACGGGUGCGUGACUGCAAGAAUGCGCGCACGCAGGAGACGGUGCACGAUGUCCCGGUGACGACGGCGGUCACGAUUGUGAUCACGAGCACGACCACUCACGUAUACGCACGUGAGCUCGCGCGUACGUAUUCACGCACGUGUACUCACGCGAGGGGGGAAAGAGAGAAAAAGAGAAAGAGUGAGGGAAAAAAAAGAGAAAGAGAGCCAUAAACAGCCGCCGAUGCCGCAAUGAGGCUAGGCCCGAUUAUCCUGUCGUGGGCCACGGCCAUGGCCGGCUGGUUGGGUCCAUCGAGCGGAAUCACGGCGACGGCGAUGAUGACGUCACGGGCCCCACGCUCUCGGGAUUACGAACUUUCGACGGAGUUUUUCCUGGUGCCGUCCGAGAUCGGGCACGGGCUGGCGAGCGUGGCGAGCGUCAUCAGCGUGCCGGCACCGAACCGGACGAUCACCGUCUUCAGGACGCCGCCGGGCGUCAGGAAGAGCCAGGAGGUGGAGAUGCGGCCGACUCCGAAGUCCCUGUUGAAGCAACGGCCCUGGGCGCUGCCACUCGCCGCGCUCAGCGCCGCGGCGAUGCUCCUCAUGGCCGGUUUCGAGGUCUUCGUAUUGUUCAAGGCUAGAACAACGGCACCGAACAGACGACACUUGUUCCUGGGCCAGGCAUUGCUUCUGGGCCUCUUCCUUUUGGCGGGUCUUUCAGCUGCGGCCUCUCUCAGCCAAAAUCCGCUGUCCUGUGCCGCUUUCCGGUUGGUGGGACUCCCCGCCGCCCUUGUGUUCGCCGCUCUGCUGGUCAAAUGCGUUUUCCUGCUUUCGUUGAAUAGCGGCGUGUACUUGCCAGCGCCCUAUCAGGCGCUGGUGCUGGUGUUCGCGGUGUUGGUGCAGGUGGUCAUUGUCGGGCAAUGGUUUUACGGCGAACCACCUGCGGUGAUCCAGGUGCAGCAGCAGCAACAGCAGCAGCAGCAGCAACAAGCGACGGGCCAAAGCUCACCGGCGUCCACCACCUCCUGCAGGACUCCGCUUGGACAGAUAGUGGCUUCCCUCGGGUAUCCCGGAGCACUAUUAGUAGCAGUGGCAUGUUUAGCGAUCCGUGCGCGAGGCGUCCGGGAUAAUAAUCGGGAAGCGGCCUUCAUCGGCCUGGCGGUCGGCCUCUCGCUGCCGAUCUGGAUCUCCAGCGGGAUCGGUACGCUCGCGACCGGCAGCGAGGGUGAUCGAGAGGCCUGGCUGGCCUAUGGUCUGCUCGCCACGUCGCUCUUCGUCUUCCUCACGAUGUUUCUACCGAAGGGACGCCAACUGGCUGCCCUAGGUCGCGAAGGGCCCACCGCAGUCAUUCGCGAUCACGACGAUGCCCUCAGUUCCCUCCCCGGUAGUGGCUAUUCGCCCUCCUUCUUCCACUUCAAGCCCGCGGAGGCAUCCCUGAAGAGGAAAAUGCAUUACCAUAGUGCCGAUCGAGUCGCACUGGUCUCGUCCGGGAUACCCGGAUGCAGCGCCUGCAGGCACGGAGGAAGUCCCAUAUACUCAGACGAUGUACAUGGACCGAUGGAGACGUUCGUUUUGCCACCCGGUAUGUACUUGAGGCCGGAGGAUGCUGGGAAUCUCUACACGACCUUGUCGGCCAAUCCCAACGUGUUCUUCCAAAGGGCUGCCCAUCCCGGGAUGAUGUACUGAGAGGGCGAAUCUUAUCGUCGAUGACAAGACUCAUAUAUGCCUGUCGUGUCUUAAGAUUAGAUCACGCACAAGCGCGCGAUUGUUGAUCUCUCGUUAUUGUAAAUAAUCGUCGUUAUCAGAAUCUUAGUGAACGAUUCUACAUAGUACUUCUUUGUAACUUGGACGAUCAUCGCGGGAGUGUUAUCCCGUCAGAGACGCGUACGCGAUCAAUUGCAGAUCGCCGCGAGCAAUAGAUGGACCUGCGUACUGCGAAUCACCGAUGCGAGAGACUCCAACUGGAAGUGUACGUGCCUCCAGAAUAACGCAAUAAAUGUUACGACACAUUUUUUUUUUUUAAUACGAGAAACAU